GUUAAUUAGCAUAACUUUGUACAAAUCUUAUCCUGAAAAAUGAAUCCUGAUUUCAAGGAAAAAAUUUCAUCGAAAACAUCACAGCAAAAUGAAAAACACUCAGAGCUUGUUUCCUCAAUGGUUGAUGAACUAGCAAAUAAAAGAUUAAUGAAAGUUUCAGACAAAGCCAUGGAGUUACAAAUAUUCAAGCCAAGCCAUUCAUUAAAAGAAAAUGCUUUGCGGCAAAGUGAAAGUUAUCUUAAAAAAAUUUCACUAUUCACCUCUUUUGGAUGGUUGAGAUUGUCACAGCACAUUCCCAGUGAUGGCAGACCAGCGCAAAUGGAAAAAUUUUUGUUUCGCUCCCUACAUCAAACUAAAAAACUCAUUAAAAGUUUUCUUCUAAAAGAAAAAAACUGUCUUGCAAAGGAAGUCUUACUUCCUCUUGUAAAUACAUUUACCACAACAGUUUGGGAACAGUUAUCAGACAACAACGAACUAUCGAGUAAAAAUCAAGCGAAACUCCUUUUCGAAUUGGCAAAAUGCUAUGAAGAAUUGGAAGCCUAUCAAGAAUUUAAAGAAAUAAGUGGAGAAGGCCUCAAAAUUAUGGAGGACAGAUAUGGCGAAAAAGCUGUACAAUAUAAAUUCUAUGGUAAAAUUUUAAACAACCAUUCAAUCGCUCUAAUUAACCUUGGUCAAAAACGUGAAGCAGAAGACAUGUUCGCCAGAACUAUUAGGGCAAAGAAACAGGCAACUGAUUAUGCUAACGAUGCUGAAAGAAACAAAUGCAUCGAAAAUUCCGUGAAAGCCUUGAACGCUUGUAAGAACCAGAUAAAAGUUUCAUCGGAAAGGGCUGACUUACAUAUGUCAAAGUAUGCAAAGUUGUCAAGAUUAGAAGUCACUUCAGAGGCAUCAAAUUCAUUUCGAGCCAAAGCAAUCAGUUCUGGUUCCAUUGGUUUCGAUAGAUGUUCUCUGACGUUUACUAAAGGAGCUCUUCUACCAUUCACUGAAAUAAACGCCCAGUUGGACUUUGACUAUAAAAAUAUUCCUGAAGGGUUUAUAGCAAUAUCACCAAUAUUGAGUAUCAAGCCCGGGACUACCAAUCUUCAAAAAUAUAUCGGCGUGGAGCUCCCUACGUGGUGCACUACAACAUGUGAAGGCAUAAAAAUUUCAGUCAUGUGCAAGGAGUGGGAUGACAAUGAUGAAUGGAAAGAAAUUGGUCAAGUGGACUUGGACAAUUCCGAAACUGUAACUUUUAAAAUUAAUCACUUUUCCUGGUAUGCCAUUUUCCUGAAUGUGUCGACAAUAAUGAAGCGGUUUUCUUCCUUUUUGUCAUGGGCUGUUGGCUCCUUGAUAUACUAUAAAAUCCGUGCCCUUGUUUACUACACAAAAAACUUCAGACAACUCGCCAUACUACUCUGUGGCGACCAUGAUGCAACUGAGGAACGCUGCCAUGAGCUCUUAGAGAAAAAUGGCUACUCCAGGGCCCUUCCUUUGGCAGACCAAAUUGCAAUUCAACUGGGAUCUAGUGUGGAGGUAAAACUAAAAAGCACCAAACCAGGCAAUGACAUCGAAUUUAAAAUGGAUAUACGCGUAGAAGAACAGAUGGCGAGAGGCCACUGUCAACGGUAUUUCAACCUAUCAGAGGAACUAAGCAGAGAACGAGAGUUGGAAUUUGAAUAUACGAUCUCAUCCGAAGGGCAUGUCAGAAUCUCACAUACUAUUCUUCUUAUGAAAGAAGAAGGAAAUCAAUCUGCGUCUUCGAACGCUAUCGCAAGAGUACGACAACCACCAAACGUUUCCUACCAUAUCGAAAAAGUAGAUAGUGCAUCAUUUCAUGGUAGCAACGUGGGGACGUCUCAGAACAAGAAAACUGAAUGAACACUGCAGACAAUUUAUAUAUCAACUCCCAUAUCGUCAACUCAUUAUUAGAAUGUAGAUAGGAAUACUAAUCAAAAACGCUCAAUUGAAAUACUGAAGAAGAAUGACUUAUGUUUAUGAUUUAUCAAAGGUAACUUAAAGACUCUACAACUUAUGGAGCUAGAGUGGCCAGUUCAGACGUUUAAAACUGUGUCAAAUUUUACCUGAGUUAUCGACCAGUGUACAGCGGCGAGGGACCAGCAAUCCUCUCACAAAUAAUUAUCACCCACAAGCCCACACAGGAUGCUUAUAAUUGUUGGUUUCUGAUUGGUCACACCCCAAAACUGAAAAAAAAAUAAAAUGAAUUUUUUUUUUUUUUUUGGUGGGGAUUUCCCCACAAUUGUUUAUGUGAUAUAAAACAGCUUAAAACUGAUGCUCUUGUGUUAUAUUUGAGAAAUAUUGGAAAAAGCCAUACAACCCAAUUUUAAAUACCUUUUUAGCAACUAAAAUGACUUAAAUUUAAAUCUUCACUUAGACUUCAGGGCUCAUAUGUUCAUCAAAAUUAUUAUCAAUAUUUAGCUGGGGCAGUUGUAUGGUUACGUUUGAUGUCGUCUUUACUGCCAAAAUAUUUUGUUAUCCUAUGCCAUUAUGGGCCUGUUGCAAUUUGAAACUCUGUUUCUCUGCUAUCCAAAUGGCAACUUCAAUUUGAAGGUUUUGUAAAGUUACUUUGUCGACCCAUCAGAAAUUCACAACAAAUGUGACAAUAAAUUCAAAAACAAAUAUGUUAUUUUAUCUAAUUAUCUAGAAGAUGCACUGAGCUGCCGAAAUAGAUGAGUAUUUGUUUUCCCAGUUAAAAAUAUAUGAAUAUGACUUCUAAACUCGGGCUAAAGCUUUCAAUAAAAAUUGCCAGUCAUUUGGGGUACCAAGGAACCAAAAUAGCAUUGAAAAAAACUAUAUUUAGGUGACAAAAGCAACGUUUAGGGAAAAGAAAGUCUGUCUUGGCGAGGUUUUUUUUUUGCUUGGUGAUCCUGACACUAUAUCACUGGAUCAUAAAAGAUGGGCGACUCCAUAACCCUAUUUGUGAAAUCGGCUUGAAUUAUAUUUGAAAAAACUUCUUUUUUUUAUGGUUUUAGUUGCGAAAAAGGUCAUUUAAAAUGAGUUUUUAUUAAUUUUUUCAAGAUUAUUUUCAUAGAAUACAAGAAACACAUUUCUGGAAUAUCAAAAAACACGAAAAAUAGUACCAGACUGUGUUAUUAUGAAUGUUUUACGCUGUUUUAUAUCACAAAAACCCAAUUUUGCGGAAACAUGCCCAUUUUCACAAAAUCAAAAAAAGACCAAAAAGCUGUGGACAAAAAAUUUGUUCAUUGUUACACAGUGUAAUGAUAGGAACUCCCGCCGCGCAAGUGCCCACCUGAGUAUUUGUGUGUACUGUAUAUAUAUAUUUUGAAGUUUUUUGCAAAUUGGUUUUAAUGCAUUGCUGUCAUUGAUUGUUUACAAAUUCAAUUAUUUUUGUUUUAUUAAUUGGUUUAUUUGAUAUACGAAGUAUUUUUUUAUGUACAGCGGAUUUGAAACCUAGAAAUGAAUCUUUUGAAAUACAGCAUGAAUAAUACAGCAUUCAA